UUUAUAUAAUAAAUUGAUUUUCACUACACACUUGGCAAUUAUUCUGUUUUUUAUAUAAUCGGAAAUAAGUAAUAAUUUUCAUUAUUAAUUUAUGAUGAUUAAAGAUGUCAUUGGUAAAUCCAGAUUUAUUAAAAGAACGUUCGGGUGUAUCAUUUCCCAAUGAAGAAUUAACUCUCUUCAUUUUCGGCGGUCCGGAAGAGACGAAAAAAAAAAGAUGGCUAAUUUCAUUAUUGGAUGUGAAUAAAAAUCCAGUACUCAAAAAUGAAGAUAAACAUUUUAUUCCACGUGAUAAAUAUUAUAUUAGAUCUUUAGAAAAAAUGAAAAAAUUAUUUCAAAUUAAGAAACAACAUGAUAUUGAUGGGGAAGAUUGGAAUUUUCUUUUGCUAUCAACUGGUGAACCCAUGCUUCCUAUUUUGCAUGAUGUUUUAUUUAUUCCAACUCUUGAAGGUCAAAUGUCUCAUGAACAAUUGGAGAAAUGGAUACCUUUGGCUAAGGAUUACGCGAUUUUUGGAUGUUAUGCACAGACCGAAUUGGGACAUGGAUCCAACGUUAGAAGGUUAGAAACGACUGCAACUUAUAUCCAUGAAACUGAUGAAUUUGAAAUUCAUUCUCCAACAUUGACGUCAACUAAAUGGUGGCCUGGUGGUCUUGCAAGAACUAGUACACAUGCAGUUAUAUUUGCUCGUUUAAUAAUUGAUGGUAAAGAUUAUGGAGUUCAUUCAUUCGUUGUACAAUUGCGUGGAGAGAAUCAUAAGCCUUUGCCAGGAAUCGAUGUUGGUGAUAUUGGUCCAAAAUUUGGUUUUAAUAACAUCGAUAAUGGAUUUCUUCGAUUUACUCAUGUGAGAAUUCCACGCGAUCAAAUGUGUAUGAAAUUUUCUAAAGUAUCAAGAGAUGGAAAAUAUUCGACCCCUUCACAUGCAAAAGUAGUUUAUGGAACUUUAGUAACUGCUAGAAUAUAUUUGGUUGAACGAUCAUCCUUUGCUUUGGCAAAAGCUUUAUGUAUCGCCAUACGUUAUUCUCUCGUAAGAAAACAAGGAAAUGAUACAACAAAUAACCAUAAUGAAUCAAUAGUUUUGGAUUAUCAAUUCCUACAAUAUCGUCUAUUUAACAGCCUAUCUAUUGUUUAUACUUUACUUUUUGUUGGUAAAUGGAUGAAAGAUUUAAAUGAAAUUAAUGAGAAGAAAAUUAGUGAAGGUGAUGUUAGCUUAAUGGCAGAUAUUCAUUCUAUUUCCUCGGGAUUAAAAGCACUUUGCACUGAUUUGGUUAUGGAAUCCUUGAAUGACAUAAUCCUCGCUUGUGGUGGUCAUGGAUAUUUACGUUCUAGUGGCAUUCCAUCCAUUGUAGAUGAUUAUGCUCAAAGUCCUAUAGUCGAAGGUGACAACACUAUUCUUCAACUUCAAACAGGGCGUUAUCUAAUUAAAGCAUUUGAAAAUGCCAAAAACGGUAGGCCGACUCCUGCAACUCUCUUUUAUCUUAAAGAUUAUUCAAGGAUACUUUCAGAACGUAGUAGUGCAACUACAUGGGAAGAAUUAACUGAUCCCAAUGAACAAAUUAAAGCUCUCACCCAUUAUCACACACGAAUUCUCGCAAAACUUAUUUCAAAUCUUGAAGAAUCUUCAAAAAAUCAUCCACAAGGGUAUGAAGGAGCAAAAUCAGAUUAUAUGAUUGAUAUAAUUAACGUAUCAAGAGCGUAUUGUUACACAAUUACAAUAACAUCAGCGAAUGAAGGUCUUGAAUCGAUUAAAACAACUUAUUCAAAUAUUUAUCCUAUAUUAAGAGUUUUGAUUAAUUUAUUUUUUUCUAAUUAUAUUAUAAAAUAUUCAGGAGAAUUUUUAUUAGAUAAUUAUUUUAAUUCUAAUCAUAUUAAAAUUUUUGAAUUAGGUAUCAAAAAUUGUUUAAAAACAAUCAGACCUGAUGCUAUAGGUUUAGUUGAUUCAUGGGAAUUUAGUGAUAAUAUGUUAAAUAGCGCUUUAGGUAGAUAUGAUGGUAAUGUUUAUGAAGCUUUAUAUAAUUGGGCAAAAUUAGAUCCUUCAAAUUUGGCUCAAGAAAAAGGUGAAUAUAUAGGAUACAAUGAAGUUUUAAAAGACAUUUAUAGUAAAGAAUAUUUGAAAGGAAUUAAUAGAUCAAAAUUGUGAAAAAAAAAAAAUAGAUUGAGAAUAAUUAUGGAAAAGAUAUUUUUAGAAUUGAUUAAUUUAUUAUCAUAAAUAAAUAAUUACAAGCAUAUUAUACGAAUAUAUAGUCGACUCUUUUUUUUUUAAAAAAAAUUUUUUUUGUCGCGACUGUCACGUGCAAAAGAGAUCUA